GGCGAGGGAGUGAGUGACGCGGCGGAUCCGGAAGGGGCGGGCUUCCCCGUGUGGAUGGCCGAGGCUGCCGCGGCCUCCCUGGAUGACUUGAGUCUGCGGGACGUUGCGGUGAAACAACCUCGGUUUUUAUGUGAAAACAACAUUUCUUCUGAGUGACUGAAGUGAGAAUGUUGGUUUAUUUCUGCCUUUGAUGGAGAACUAACACUAUCCCUUUCUGUUGCCCUGGAAGUUUUUGUCGGAAAUACAAAAUGUCAUCAAACAGGAGUCAGAACCCACAUGGACUUAAACAAAUUGGUCUUGAUCAAAUAUGGGAUGACCUCAGAGCUGGAAUUCAACAAGUUUACACAAGACAAAGUAUGGCAAAAUCCAGAUAUAUGGAGCUUUACACUCAUGUUUAUAACUACUGUACUAGUGUGCAUCAAUCUAAUCAAGCACGAGGAGCUGGUGUACCUACUUCUAAGUCGAAAAAAGGCCAAACGCCUGGCGGAGCUCAGUUUGUUGGUUUGGAACUCUACAAGCGGCUUAAAGAAUUUCUAAAGAAUUACUUGACUAAUCUCCUUAAGGAUGGCGAAGACUUGAUGGAUGAGAGUGUGUUGAAAUUCUACACUCAACAGUGGGAGGAUUAUAGGUUUUCAAGCAAAGUACUAAAUGGGAUUUGUGCCUACCUCAAUCGACACUGGGUUCGUCGUGAGUGUGAUGAAGGUCGCAAGGGAAUAUAUGAAAUCUAUUCACUUGCACUUGUGACUUGGAGGGACUGCUUGUUCAGACCAUUAAAUAAGCAGGUAACAAAUGCUGUGCUGAAGCUGAUUGAAAAGGAAAGAAAUGGUGAAACAAUCAACACGAGACUGAUCAGUGGAGUUGUGCAAUCUUAUGUGGAGCUGGGGCUAAAUGAAGAUGAUACCUUUGCUAAGGGGCCUACAUUGACAGUUUAUAAAGAAUCCUUUGAAUCUCAGUUUCUUGCUGAUACAGAGAGAUUCUAUACAAGAGAGAGCACUGAAUUUUUGCAACAGAAUCCAGUUACAGAAUACAUGAAAAAGGCGGAAGCUCGUCUUCUGGAAGAACAACGUAGGGUUCAAGUAUAUCUGCAUGAGAGCACACAAGAUGAAUUAGCACGAAAAUGUGAACAGGUUCUUAUUGAAAAACAUUUGGAAAUCUUUCACACUGAAUUUCAGAACCUUUUGGAUGCUGACAAAAAUGAAGACUUGGGACGCAUGUAUAAUCUUGUAUCUCGAAUCCAGGAUGGGCUUGGAGAGCUGAAAAAACUAUUGGAAACCCAUAUUCAUAAUCAGGGUCUAGCUGCAAUUGAAAAAUGUGGAGAAGCUGCUCUAAAUGAUCCAAAAAUGUAUGUACAAACAGUAUUGGAUGUCCAUAAGAAAUACAAUGCACUGGUGAUGUCUGCUUUCAACAAUGAUGCUGGUUUUGUGGCUGCACUAGAUAAGGCUUGUGGUCGGUUUAUAAAUAACAACGCAGUGACAAAAAUGGCUCAGUCAUCAAGUAAAUCCCCAGAACUGUUGGCACGUUAUUGUGACUCUCUGCUUAAAAAAAGCUCGAAGAAUCCAGAGGAAGCUGAGCUUGAAGAUACACUGAAUCAAGUGAUGGUUGUCUUCAAAUACAUUGAAGACAAAGAUGUUUUUCAAAAAUUCUAUGCCAAAAUGCUGGCAAAGCGACUUGUACACCAGAACAGUGCUAGUGAUGACGCCGAGGCAAGCAUGAUCUCCAAACUGAAACAAGCCUGUGGCUUUGAAUACACCUCAAAGCUUCAAAGAAUGUUUCAGGAUAUUGGCGUAAGCAAAGAUUUGAAUGAGCAGUUCAAAAAGCACCUAUCCAAUUCAGAGCCAUUAGAUUUGGACUUUAGCAUACAGGUUCUGAGCUCUGGAUCCUGGCCCUUCCAAAUGUCUUGUGCGUUUGCUCUCCCCUCUGAGCUGGAACGUAGUUACCAGAGAUUUACUGCUUUCUAUGCUAGUCGCCAUAGUGGAAGAAAAUUGACUUGGCUGUAUCAGCUAUCCAAGGGAGAAUUGGUUACCAAUUGCUUCAAAAACAGAUAUACAUUACAGGCAUCUACAUUUCAGAUGGCAAUCCUAUUGCAGUAUAACACAGAAGAUGCCUACACUGUUCAGCAGCUGACGGAUAGCACUCAGAUAAAGAUGGAUAUUUUGGCACAAGUUCUACAGAUCUUGCUAAAGUCAAAGUUGCUGGUUUUAGAGGAUGAAAAUGCAAAUGUUGAUGAGGUGGAGUUGAAGCCAGACACCUUAAUAAAACUGUAUCUGGGGUACAAAAACAAAAAAUUGCGAGUGAAUAUAAAUGUGCCAAUGAAGACCGAGCAGAAACAGGAACAAGAAACUACACACAAAAAUAUAGAGGAAGACAGGAAACUUCUGAUCCAGGCUGCUAUUGUGAGGAUUAUGAAGAUGAGAAAGGUCCUUAAACACCAGCAAUUGCUUGGAGAAGUGCUUACACAGCUGUCAUCGCGAUUUAAGCCACGAGUACCAGUAAUAAAGAAAUGUAUUGACAUUCUAAUAGAGAAGGAGUACUUGGAACGUGUGGAUGGUGAAAAGGAUACCUACAGUUACUUGGCUUAGCAGCUUCGAAACGCUGCACAGCACUCCUGUGAUGGAUAGAGUGAAAAGAGAACUUGGGGGCCUGCUGUUGUCUGGACUUCCAAUUUUAUAACUGAGACCAGGACUUCUCUCCACUAGUCUUGGAAUUACAUCAGACCUGCUCAGGAUUGAUACAUUUCAAGUAUGUAAAUAUGGACACCAAUGCCAUUUAAUCUAAUUUAAGAACAGAAUGGAAUCUGAAACCUUCUCCACUGGAGGUUGCAUGCUACUGCAUUUAAAUCAAUACAUUGGCUAUACAACAAAAAGCUUUUGCUCCAGGCAGCAUUUAUACAUGUUGGCAGCACUUCAAGAGAGUUUGAUUUGGGCCCAUGUGUAAUCUGUUACGAAAAAUCAUUUGUAUAGUGUGUUUCAUUUUUUUAAUGUGUGAUAAAUAAAAAAAUUAAAAAUUUCUGUACAA